AACGCAGCCUUAGUUUGCUACUUACGGGCGGCGCUAAAAGUCAUUCUCUAACCUAAUUUUUCAAAGAAGCGUGUUUCUUCCCUUCAUUUACAUCUAUUCCUACGAAUAUCCAUAAACGAAUACAAAUCCGUUUUAUUUAAUCUUUAAUGCUCUUCUUGAUUGAUGCACAAUUUACACAAGUGCAUAUUACAAGAAAAGCUUGUCAUCGUAUAUUGGAUGUAAUUAUUAGAUACAAUGAUGGCUGAAUCAAAUGCCAGAAGGGAAGCAAGGAGACGACGAAUUUUGGAAAAUUCGGAAAAUCGAUUACGUAAAAUAACAGCGAGAAAUAAUGCAGAUGAAAUUGAGGAUGAUAACCCACGAAUGAAAAGCAACAGUCUUAAAGCAGAAACAGAUUUGGAAGAGUAUAAUAUCAGAAAUGGUAUAUGUAAUAUCGAUAAAGAAAUAGAAUUACAAGAUUCUAUAAGGCUCAAUGAUGAUAAACAUGAAAACUUUUUAAAUGACACUAGGGAUAGAAGUACAUGCUUAUCGAGACAAAUAUCCAAGCCAAAAUUUAUGUUACAUGGAUUAUUAUUCAGUCGUAUCAAUUUUAUCCUGCUAGCUGGGAUUGUCAACAUUUUACUAAUACUGAAAUUAGAUAAUUUAUUUGGGCAGACAAUUAUUAUACCUUACCUGUUACUGAUGCUGGGACGUCUAUAUAAUUGUAAGAGUUUACUUGAAACACAAGACAGCAAUUUACUAUUUGCUGCUUUGAUAUUGUGCAAUAUCAAACCAAAAUUAAUUUAUAGAUUUAAAAUAUCAUUUGCAUUAUUUACUAUAAUCCUUAAUGAUUUUGGAUUGUAUAUGUUCAGUUUUGUAUUGAUGCGUUAUGUUAUUACCUGCUAUUACUACCACUAUAAUGCUACAAUACCAAUAAGUGUGUAAUUAUUUAUGAUAUUUGAAUGAGAGUAAAGAUGAAGUGAAAUUCCAUUACCAAAAAUUUUGUAUAAAAAGGAAGUAUGUGUUUAGAACAUUAUAAAUUUCAAUAUGUGGAUACACUAUUAUUUAAUAUACAGAAUAAUCUAUUGUAUAUCUUUUUACAUAUUAGUGUUGUCUUGAUUUAAACUGAAUGGAUAUUAGUAAAAGUGUCAUAUCAAAAACAUUAAUUUUUUUUAAGGAUGUAUGUAAUGUAAUAUAAAACAUUUUUAUAUAUAGAUUAAUUCAUAGAAUUAAUUAUAUAUUGAGCAAUUUAUCUUUUUAUUAUUUAUAUUGUCAAUAUUUUUAAGAUCUUUUUUUUAUCUGCCUCUGCCAUUAUUAAAGAUCUGUCCAGUGUAAUAAUUUUGAUAGUAUUAUAGUGAAACUAAAUAUGUACAUGCAUACAUACACACAAAACCCAUUGCUUUAUUAAAGAUAUGCAAUUGUCACAAUACACACUGCUUGUGGGAAAGAAAGUCUGUAAAUACCAAAAAAUGAAAUACACGAAAGAAGUCAAAUUAUUGUAACGU